UCAACUUCCGCUUGUUCAAACUGCAAAAUACUCUUCAGUUCAGAGCCUUGCCGUUGGUUUGGUUCUCUGUUCAUCAGUCGUCGUCACUCUCUUCUCAACGCUCUCGCUUUCCCGCCUAUUUAAACCCAUCCGUCUCAAAUGCACUCUCAACUUCACUUCCUCUCCCUCUCCUCCAAACCUCUCACGUUGUUUCCCUCCACUUCUAUCCGCAACGCCUCAACACUCAAUCUUCGUCAAAACGACGACGCUCGCUUGUGUCUUCAUCUUCCCUCGCUUAACCUUCUUUCACUUUCUCUUCAAUCAAGAGCCGUUAAAGUCUCCUCCAUGGCUUCUAAUUCUAACAUCUGUAAUUGCGCCGUCGCCAAUGGAGUCGGUGAACCUGACCUCGGUCUCUUGGCUGAAGUCGGCAAUAAAGUCGCCGAUGCGGCUGGAGAAGUUAUUCGCAAAUAUUUUCGAAGUAAAUUUGAAAUUCUUGAUAAAGAGGACUUGAGUCCUGUAACAAUUGCAGAUCGAACAGCAGAGGAAGCUAUGGUUUCAAUUAUAUUGGAGAAUUUUCCUUCUCACGCAAUUUUUGGAGAGGAGAAUGGAUGGAGGUGUGAAGAGAAGUUUGCUGACUAUGUUUGGGUUUUGGAUCCAAUAGAUGGGACUAAGAGUUUUAUCACUGGAAAACCCUUGUUUGGUACUCUCAUUGCUCUGUUACAUCGAGGGAAACCGAUUCUUGGCAUAAUUGAUCAGCCUAUUUUGAAAGAAAGAUGGAUUGGUAUAAGUGGAAAGAGAACUACAUUGAAUGGGCAAGAAGUGUCUACACGCUCUUGUGCAAAAUUGUCACAAGCAUAUUUAUACACGACAAGCCCUCAUCUCUUCAGUGGAGAUGCUGAACACGCAUUUGAUCGUGUGAGAAGCAAGGUGAAAGUGCCAUUGUAUGGAUGUGACUGUUAUGCUUAUGCCCUUUUGGCUUCAGGCUAUGUGGAUCUUGUCGUUGAGUCUGGUCUCAAGCCGUAUGAUUUUCUUGCUCUGAUACCUGUAAUAGAAGGCGCUGGGGGGCUUAUAACUGAUUGGAGAGGAGAUCAACUUUACUGGGAGGCCUCAUCAGAUUCACGUCCAACAAGCUUCAAUGUGGUGGCUGCGGGAGACAAACAAAUUCACCAACAAGCUUUGGAGGCAUUACAGUGGCUGUGAAGAUUUGCAUUUGUAUGCAACUUAUGGAAAGAAGGUACAAUUCCACCAGUUGCUGUGAUGAGUAGUUGGGUUUAUUUAUUUAUCUCAAGAGGAAGCAUGAUCAUGGGAACUAGAAAUAACAAUUAUUGAGAGGAUUACAUGUCCUUUAUCUUUGCAAUAUAUCAAGAAGAAAUUGCAGCACAACUUCUAUUUAUCAGAAAGUGUAGUACAAUUCAUGAUUUGAUGGCCUA